AUGCACGUUCUAUCUCAAUUACCUUCUAGUGUUUCAUUGGCAACACUAAACAAUUCAAAUGAUAAUUUAACACUAUCAAUCCUACAACAUGUUAAUAUCAAUGGGUCAUCUCGACCAAUUGUGGUGACGAUUUUAGUUGCGUUUUGUUUAUCAAUUAUUAUUGCAUUGACUAUACUUGGAAAUAUUCUUGUUUUAAUUGCAUUAUGUAUUGAUUUUGCGCUUCGUUCGCCAACUCAUUUACUAAUGGGUAAUUUAGCAUGUGCUGAUUUAUUACUAGGUAUUACUGUUUUACCAUUUUCUGCUAGUCUCGAAAUUCUCGAGGGUAAAUGGUUAUUCGGUCGAACAUUUUGUCACAUAUGGCUUGCUAUCGAUGUUCUCUAUUGUACAGCAAGUAUCUAUGGCUUAAUGUUUAUAUCUAUUGAACGUUAUGUUGGUGUAACACGUCCAUUACGUUAUCCAAUAAUCAUUACACACCGUCGUACACUAUUGACGAUCAUAGUAGCAUGGUCAGUUGCUAUUGCUGUAUCUGUCGUUCCGUUUCUCGGUUGGAAUAAACACGUUAAAUCAACUGAUCAAAUCUGUUUAGUGAAUGAUAAUUUAUCUUAUGUGUUAUUUUCGUGUUCAUUUUCAUUUUAUAUUCCUUUAAUUAUAAUUCUAUGUGUAUACGGGCGAAUCUAUGCUGAAGCUGUAAAACAAUAUCGAUUUUUAAGUGGCGGAGAAAAAACUGUUCGUGUAAAAGAAACCGAUGGACAAGAAUGUAUAACAUUACGUAUUCAUAUACCACAUCAUUUAACAGCAUCGACAACCUCACUAACAAAUGGUAUUAGUUCGAAUACACCAAUAGUAUCAAAUGGAAAACGAGUGUCAGCACAGAUGACAUCGACAGCGUCAAAUAAACUAUCGAAAUUUAAACGUGAACGAAAAGCAGCUAAAACAUUAGGUAUUGUUGUUGGAAUGUUUAUUCUAUGUUGGCUACCCUUUUUUCUUCUGUUACCCAUAAAAGCAUGGACAAAUUAUGAUCCUGGUAUUAUAUUUUCAAUUUGUUUUUGGUUAGGCUAUUGUAAUUCGUGUUUUAAUCCAUUUAUUUAUGCAUUUUCUAGUCGAGAAUUUCGAAAAGCGUUUGCAUCGAUAUUAAAAUGUCAACGCACACAAUAUAAACCAUCAGCAAGUUUCUGUCGAAUAUCUGCAUGUCAAAUCGAUCAAGUGCGUUUGGGAAAAUCACAUAGUUGUGAUAUAACAGCUACUCAUUUAUUGGCUAAAUCGGAAUCACACAUGAAUCAAAGAAUAUCAUACGAUAGUCAACGUCCGUUGAUUAAUUUGAAAAAAAAUCAAAAUUGUCUAGAUGGACCUCAAUCAUUAGCUUUUCGUAGUCUAGCAAAGCCAGCGAAUUCGCAAUCAUUAACAACAUUCGAUCAUACAAAUCCCUGGCAACUUCGACAGUCGAAUUAA